AUGGACUACUACACAUGGCCUCACGCCCAGGGCUGUGCCUACUGGCCAACAGUGAGAAUCUUGGGCUUCUCACUUUCUUUGUCUGUCAUUCCUGGGGCCUCAGCUACCCAUACAUCCUCUGGGGUGGUCUCCUCAUCCUUUGUAUCUGCAAUUGAUGUGAUCUCUUCUCUGACCAUUUCAGAAAAUUUCCAAAACUCUUCUUUACACGGAACCGCUGAUUCUCUGCUGCUCUCUCUUCCCGUGGUAACCAAUGCAGCUUCCCUGACAGGAAGUGUCUGCAACUUCUCCAGAGCCUCUGCUCCAGCUGCCACUUCAGCAUGGUUAUUGCCCUCAACCUGUGGCACCUCUUUUCCACUCACGGACAGUGCCUACCUUUAUCAACAUUCUAGCACAGCCUUGGUGUCUGGGGUUACUGGUCAGAACCAGAUCCCCACAGCAUCUGCCUUCUAUUAAAGUAUUUUUGAGUGGGAUAUAACAGGAAGUGCUGAAAAGAGCUCAAUUUCACAUGGGGACUUUAAUCUGACCGUCACUGACCAGAACAUAGCAGAUUAUUCCCUGUCUAUGACAUUCCAGUAUGACAAAACUUCUGAAGCCAAUGUCAUGGUCCCUGUGUACCCACCACUAUCUGCUAGGCUUGUCCAGGUGACAUAGCCUGGACAUAGCCUCUCACUACCCCACCAAGAAGGAAGCCAGGUCUACUACGAUGAUCAAAACACUCUGGGGACUCUGCUCUCUGGAGAACAUUGGUCCUGCAUGCAAUCAAAUGGCUCUAUGCCAUAUGCAGGAAGUAGUGCUGCUGCCCCUCAACCAGAAAUGGUGACAUUGCUGAAGGAACUUCAGCCCACAAAUGCACCAUCAGUCGCUACCUAUGGGAUCUACUACUCUGUGUCCACUCAUUCUAUCACAGAAACAAAUUUUCAAGCAUAUGUACACAAUGAAAUAUUUAGCCAUGAAAAAGAACUUGGGGACAUUUCCACAAUAACUCCAGUCCAGAGUUCUACUGAUUUCUUGGCAUUGCCCCCAAAUCAAAGCCAGRAACAAACAGAGAUUAAGAAUUUGUGUGAGAUUAACACCAUGCUCACAGAGCCGCUGGAKGCCUACCAAAUUGCCAUGGAGAACCAGGAUCCUCCACUACUCCCUUUAGACAUCCCWGAAAUCCACCRGCUUCUGGCCUCCGUUGGUCCUCUGGACCAAGAGGAGAAGCCACAUUCUGAAAAUACCCUUCUAGAAAGGAGUAGCUUGAGUCUUGAGGACCAAGGCACACUUGAAAAUGGGACUGAAUUUAGCAGUUGUUUUGGAGACCUCACUGCACUGCUGGGGGAUAUUCAACUUCCUGAGCUUUUCRRUUCCUUSAAAGACMUUGACCAASCUGARAGUCCCACARUAACAAAWUCCAAUGACACCAGAKCCAUCAUGGUGAAUCAGGRRCAGGAAAUCACAAGUGCCUUAAAGGRUCCUAGUGAUCCAGUGAGGAASAAMAAACAUAAAGCCUCAGAGUCUCCUSAUGGAACUCCUCAGGCCAAAAUGCAGCYAAGGGACCURGARKGUGCAUUAGGAGGAGAAGUUGCUCACRGGGAURCAGAYAGYAGUAGGGCCAAUGUGCACACAGCCAAGCAMUCUAWCAGCAAAKCUCAGGAAGCUGCAUCCAGCAGGAACAGCAAGGCUAAGGGCCAUGGGCAGGAAAAGACCAAGAGAACCAGGGAAAAAAAUUCCAAGAAAGCCGAGGAGAGGAAGCAGCCAGGCAACAGAGUCCAGGCAGAAGAGAAGCCAACUGUGCCCAAACUAAAGCGGAAGAGGAACUAACCUGAGCUUUGCCAGGAGUCCUUUAAAAAGCCUCGGAGCUGUCUCRGCAUGCACAUGGUGGAGUCGGUGCAGGUUUUCCACGCACUGGGGAAGAAGAAUGAUAAGAAAACUGGACUGUCUUCCUCCCGGGCCCCAGGAAACUCAGGCAGUACCCAAGACCCCCGUCCAUGCCCAGCUAUGAAACCAUGGCUGGCGGUUAAGGGUCCUGAGAAAUCACAAGUCAAAGCCCAGAACCCAGAUAUCAGUGCUGAAAGGGAGGGUCCCGCUCCAUCCAUUUAUGAGCCUCCACCACCUGGGAAGGUCAAAUUGGUACCUUUGCCUUUUCUGACCCAGGAGAAACCUCCACCUCGACCAGUAAUCAAUAGGAGGCCACAGUCUCUGGCCUCACGGAGACCCACUGGGGCUUACCCUGCCCAGCCUGGCCCUGCUAGCUCAGCUCAACCCAUGGCAGUCAACACAUCCCAACCAGCUACUGCCAACCCAUCUUGGAUUCGUCCUGCCAAGCCAGCUCACCCCGUUUUGACUCAUGCCAUUCAGUCACGUGUGAGCGCUUCUACCCAGCCUAGUGUCCCUUGGUCUGCUGCUUCUGGGCCUGCACCCUACAAAACAUCAUCUUGUACUUCUCUUCAUUGGCAACCCAUUCCCAGGGUUGGGACCAAGCCCCAGUCACAACYGCCCAAGCCUCAAAACCAAUAUCUCCUCCAAGACUUUGCCUUACAACCAAUUCCAUGGAGGAAACCCAAUGUUGCUGGGCAAGUAGUAUCAACUCCCAUCACCAAACAGCAGAGRCCAGAGCGGGAAGCCAUGAAGAAGAAGGCUCAACAAGAGCGUGAGAAUGCUGCCAAGUACACUGCUUUGGGGAGAGUGCAGUGUUUCAUUGAGAGGGAAAGAGAGAUGGAGAUUUCUCGCUACUAUGGCUACAUAAUGUAA